GCGGGCGGGAAGAGUGUCAGUGUUGGUUCAAUUCAAACUCGAAUGGAAUAGAGGAGUGUCGUCAGUGUUGUUCAAUUCAAACUCGAAUGUAAUAGACAAGUGUCCGUGUUGUUCAAUUCAGAGUGUCAGUGUGCUCAAUUCAAACUCGUGUCGUCAGUGUUGUUCAAUUCAAACUCGAAUCGAAUAGAGUCUUCUUUACUUUCCCCUUCUCAUUCAUAAUCAUCUUCGUCUUCUUCUUCUUCCCCUGUUUUAAACCUCACAAACUUACUUCUAUUCAUCCCUCUCAUACUCAUGUCCACACCCACUUCUUCCAUCCAUCCACACUUGCUAGACAAUGAAAACCAUUUCGCUAGCUCAUCCAAUCCAUCUCCACUCCUCCCAUCAAGACCUCCCCUCAAUUCCAUUCCUGACCCCUCUCAAUAUCCGCUUCAACAAUUUCACCCCGAUUUCAAAGAAAAACCCGUCUCAUCUAAAUCUUUUGGUACCAGAAUCCCAGAGCCCAUUUCUUCAGCUCAAAAAACUCCUAAGCUCCAUGCCAGACCUAAAUCAACUAAUUCGGAACCCAACUCAGCUCAAACUACACCUAGUAGAACCCGACCUCGAGUUUGCACUGGUGCUGCUGCGUCACCCACUUUUAUGAGGUUGCCGUCUCAAUUCAGUCAUGCCGGAGGACGAGGAGAUAAUGUUCCUAGGCUUUCCCGGGGCAUUUCUAUGGCGAUUACCGAACAAUUAUUAGCUGAUGUUCCACAUUUUGAGCUUGAUGAGGAUCCAUUAUUUUGGAACGACCACAAUGUGCAGGUUUUGAUUCGAAUCAGACCAUUGAACAAUACUGAACUGAUAUCACAAGGAUAUGGGAGAUGCCUAAGACAAGAGACUGCCAAGAUGUUAGUUUGGCUGGGCCACCCUGAAACCAGAUUUACAUUCGAUCACAUAGCUUGUGAAAGUAUAUCACAGGAAAAGCUUUUUAGAGUUGCUGGAUUACCCAUGGUGGAAAAUUGCAUGUCUGGAUACAACAGCUGCAUGUUUGCUUAUGGACAGACAGGCAGUGGAAAGACAUAUACCAUGAUGGGUGAAAUUGAUAAGAUGGAUGGAAAGCUGGGUGAUGAUUGUGGGAUUACACCUCGCAUUUUUGAGUAUUUAUUCACAAGGAUCACCAAGGAAGAAGAGAGUAGGAAGCACGAGAGAUUGACAUACAGCUGCAAAUGUUCUUUCCUAGAGAUAUACAAUGAACAAAUAACGGACCUUCUGGAGCCUUCAUCAACUAAUCUACAGCUCAGGGAAGACUUGAAGAAAGGGGUCUACGUUGAAAACCUUACUGAGUUCAGUGUCAGAACAGUCAAUGAUGUGCUCAAACUUUUGCAACAGGGAGCUGCAAAUAGGAAGAUAGCUGCAACCCAUAUGAACAGUGAGAGCAGCCGAUCCCACAGUGUCUUCACUUGCAUCAUCGAAAGCCGCUGGGAGAAAGAUUCCAUGGCCCACCUUAGGUUUGGGAGAUUGAAUUUAGUAGACCUAGCUGGUUCUGAGAGGCAGAAGAGCUCAGGAGCAGAAGGUGACCGUUUAAAAGAAGCUGCCAAUAUAAACAAGUCUCUAUCAACCCUUGGACUGGUAAUAAUGUCCCUGGUGGAUUUAGCGCAAGGGAAACAUCGACAUGUACCUUAUAGAGACUCUAGGCUAACAUUUCUUCUCCAGGAUUCUCUUGGUGGAAAUUCCAAAACGACUAUAAUUGCAAAUGUCAGCCCAUCCACUUGCAAUGCAAAUGAGACUCUAAGCACUUUGAAGUUUGCACAGCGUGCUAAGCUUAUCCAGAACAAUGCUAAAAUAAAUGAAGAUGCUUCAGGGGGUGUCACUGCACUGCAACAGCAAAUCCAACAAUUAAAGGAUCAGUUGUCAUACCUGAUGAAACACCAGCAUGCAUCGACGAAACUUAUAAAUUUUGUUCCAAGAUCAAUACAAUGCAGCUUGGGCAACUGGCCUGAGAGUUACAAUCCAUCUGAUGAAAUUAAUGAGCAUUAUGGGCCUAAAACUCCCAAGGGAGGAUUUGUGGAGAAUACAUAUUUGAAAGCUACCUUGCGUGGUGCUCUACGGCGAGAGAAAUUGGCCGAGGCAGAAGCCAGAGGUUUAAAAGCAGAAAUUGAACAUUUGAAUCGUUUGGCUCACCAGCGAGAACAAGAAGCUCAACGCACUAAAAUGAUGGUAAGAUUCCGUGAGGAAAAGAUAAAACGUUUGGAAGUACUCUUGGAUGGAUUGAUCUCUGCUGAUAAGUUCUACCUGGAUGAAAACAAUGCUUUAAAAGAGGAAAAUAUGAUGCUUCGAGCAAAAACUGAGAGAAAUUCAGAAGUCACUCAUUUCACAUUGGAGAAUAUCAGACUGCGAGAGCAAAUCAGAUUGUUUCAAGAUUUCUAUGAACGAGGAGAGAGAGAAACAUUACUUUCUGAGAUAUCCGAGUUGCGCCAUCAGCUCUUGGAAUCACUUGAAGUUGAAAAAAGCUUUGAACUGCUGAAGUUCUCUCCAAUGAAAGGAAGCCAGGAACCUAAAGUUGAUAAAGAGUUAGAACGCUGCAUGGACAUGAAUUCAAAAUUAAUCAGGGAAGUAGAUGAAUUACGGCGGAAACUGGAAAACAGAAUGACAUCUAGCCAAAAUACUUGUGACUCAAUUGGUGAUGUGUUACUAAGAAGUGAUUCUGUUGAUGAACUUACGUCUAACGAACCCCUGCAGGAUGAAGUUACUUAUGAGAAAAAUGAUGAGAAGGCGGAACACAUCUUGAAUUUGCAGAGUGACAACAUCCACAAACAGCUGAUGGAUGCACAAUCUUUGAUUGAAACCAUGAAACAGGACCAGUUCCAGCUAAUUAAAGAACUAGAAUCUGCCCAGACUGAAAAUCAGCGAUUGAUGAAAAUGCUGGACAACAGCGAAGUUAUACAGAGGGAACUUGUAAACCUGCAUCAGGACUAUAGAAAACAAUCUGUUCGAGAGAAUCGAGAUCCAACUGUGAGUAUGGAAGGCAGUGAACACAAUAUCAUUUUGGAUUUACAAGCUAAGUUGGAAAAGCUGUCAAAGGAUCUCAAGGAAGCUGAGAUACUUAAUAGACAAUAUAUGGAAGACCACGCAACACAACUAUCUGAAGAUCACCAAACAGAAUUGAUCCGUGGUGAAGUCGAAAUGGAAACUACAAGAACAAUCAUACAUUUACAGGAAGAGAUAGAUCGACUUCAAUCAGAAUAUCAGGUGUGCUUGUGCUCCAUGGCUGAACAGAAUUUAAGUCUCAGAAACAGUGUGGCAGCUAAGGAGGAUGAAUUAAGAGAUUUCUGUGCAGAGUGGGAAAGGGCAAUCUUGGAACUAACUACUUUCCUCAUAGAUGGUUCUAGAUCUCUGGGAGAUGCUUCUCGCCAAAUAAAAAGUAUCUCCUUUUCGUUUCCAAAUGUUAAUGAUUUGAUUAGUGAACAUAUUGAGAGGGCUGCUGAAAUAUGUAUUGAAAAAGAAGAAACCAUUUUGCUACUGCAGAAGAGUUUGGAAGAUGCACAGAACACAGUGAUGGAAAUGGAACAGAAAUUAUACUCCUUGAAGGGCGCAACAAUUGCUUUAACUGAAUUUCAGCAGCCAGAAAAAUCUUUAAGCAGAGAGGAAACCCAGUGGUCUAGUAUUCCAACCGAUUCAACUAUUGUGAAAUUGUUUCCAGAAGAUAAACCCAUGUCCAAGAAGGGCCGGACUAAUGACAAUCAACCUAACACUGGUAUAUUGUUGGAUAACAGGAUAUCUGAUUAUUGCACAAGCAUUCUUAGAGGCACUGUUGAUGAAAACCUGCCAUCAGCUCAUACAAAAGCUUCUGCAAUAAGGGAUGUUGACAUUGAAUUGGCAGGUCUAGUUCUAGCAGAGACUGAAGAUGCUGUUAAUGGAUGCUGUGCUGAUGCAGAAACAUAUUGGUCUAUGCUGAACUCUGAGAUCCACAAUGCUUUUUCCUUUUGCAGGGAAUUGGUGCAAAAUCUUUUACAAGAUGUUAGCUACAUGAGGAAGGACAUCCAGGACUUUAAGAGAAAUCGACGAAGCCUUCAAGUUUUCAGUGAUAUGAUUCCAUCAUGUCUUCCAAUUAAGCAUGAAAAUCAACUGCUUAUGCUGCAACAUUUCAGAAAUGAACUUGUGGAAGUAAAUAAUAGAUUGAGCUCCCUGAGUUCAUGCUUUUACAAAGUCAUGAACAUUCACAUUCAUGGCUAUCUAGAUUCCGUCGAGGGUUUGACAGAGACAGGUGGACAGACCACUGAUUGUUCAAGUUCAUGCACUUUUUCUUCAUUUGAAAGUGUUGAUAAUGAUGAUAGACCUUCUUCAACUGACAGAAGUAGAUGGGCAGGCAAAAUAACUGAACAAACUCUUGACUUAGACUCUGAAGAAGGAUCGAAUUUGAUCUGUAAAAGAGCAAUUUUGCUUUUGGUAAAGGAAUUCCGAAAAGCAUAUGAGACAUUUGUCAAGCUAAAAAAUAACUUCAUGGCAGUUUUGGCUAGCCAUACAGAUCUGGAUUCUGAGGCAGACAUUUUAUCACUUCCAGAACUGCAUGCAUUGGAGAAAUUGAAGGAGCAAGGUGGAGAUGGACAUCAUCAACCCACUAGCGAGAGAGCUGAAGCAGGCGUUAAAAAUUUGAAAGAGUUUUCUGUUGAAGAGAAGCAUAGUCCACGCUUCUUUGCCAAAUUUGAGGAGACUUCCUCAACCAUAGAGGAGGCUGAUUACAUGUUAAAAGCAAUGGUCAGGGCAAAUAAAAAUGCAUAUUCGUUAACCACAUUCUUGAAACAAGCAGUAGAGAAAUUGAUGACAGAUAAAGCCAGCUUGAGUGCAGAGAUAAAACAGUUAAAAUCCAGUGUUCUCUUGAGAAAUGGAGAGAAAGAAGUUCUUCAGGAUGAGACUGAACUGAGCUUGAGAGGAAAAGCUAAUAAGUUGUCUUUGUUUGAAGAAUAUUUUAUUGAAAUGCAAACAUGUAUCGAGGAACUGUAUGGGACGUCAUAUAGUGAGGCCAUUCAAAUUGUUGAAGAGAUGCAGACUUUCUUUUAUAGCUUGAGAUCAUCCUUGGAAGACGUAAUGGUCAAAGCAUUGCAGAAUGAUAUAAUCAUAUUUGUGCUGCAGUGCCAAAUUGGAGAAUACUCUGACAACUUGAGAAGGCUGGAUACUUUUCCAGGUUCUCAUAGAUCCACACUCCAGGAACAUUGUCUACUAGCAGGUAAUGUUGGACUAAGUCAUGUAAGUAGAGUUGAUAAAUCGGCUCUUCAACCUUUAAGAUGCGAGAACAUGGGAUAUCAGAUUGAAUAUGUGUUGAGAAAAGGAGUUAAAGAAUUGGCCAAGAGUGAUACUGUGGAUAAAAAUUUUGAACUCAAGAGAGAGCUGGAAAGAAAGGAAGUUCUGUUGAAAGGUUUACUUUUUGAUUUCAGCGUGCUCCAAGAGUUUGCUUCCCACAGGAAGGACAUCAAGGAUGAACUUGAAAAGUUGAUAAUUGCCAUGAGCAAAGUGCAGCAUGAGCUACAGAUAAAAAGUGUUGUACUUGAUGAAGUGCUUGUUCAGAAUACAAAACUUGAAGGCCGCUUAUUAGAAGCUGAGCAAGCCUUACUCAAGUCAAAUUCUGAACUAGACCAGACCAAAGGAGCUUUAAAAAAUUUUUCAGAGCAAAACGUUGAGAUGAAAGAUCUUUUGAAAGACCUGUAUCUGAAAAAUUCAGAGGCGGAGCAGCUACUAGAAGAUCAAAGAGAAGCUAUGAAAAGUUUAGAAAGAGAAAUUAUUCGGGUAUCUUCUGGACCUGAGAGACAAUUAGUUCCUUCGCUGAAAGAAAUUGAGGAUGCUUUAACAGAGCUAACUGCACAGAGAGACCAACUUGUUGAAAAGGUUACCAUUUUGCAAGAAAAGCUUUCUAUCACGUCUGCUUUGGCUGAUGAGAACCAAGCUAUAGCUGCGGAAGCUCGCCAAGAGUCAGAGACCAGUAAAAUGUAUGCUGAACAAAAGGAAGAGGAGGUCAAGAUUUUAGAACGUUCUGUUGAGGAGCUUGAGAGCACCAUAAAUGUGCUGGAGAAGAAGGUGCAUGAAAUGGAAGAGGAGGUAGAGAAACACCGGCUCAUAAGGGAUUCACUGGAACUGGAACUUCAAGCACUUAGACAUAGAUUAUUAACAGUUGAAGGCCUCACUGAAAGUAUGGUUUCUGAGAACUCAAAUACAGCACUACUUGAAGAGCGACUUUCCAGAUCUCUGGAAACUAAUGAGGCCCAUAGCCGCAUAAGAUUUCUUGAAGAUGAGAAUGCAAGACAAGCUAAGGAGAUCAGACAAUUCAAAGAUUAUAUCUCUGAACUUGUUUUGCAUGCUGAAGCACAGGCACAUCAGUAUCAACACAAGUACAAGACCCUGGAAGCAAUGCUUCAUGAAGUUAAGACAGAUUUAUCAAAUGUAUCUGCUGCGCCUACCUUAGAAACAGCUGAUAAAACCUCAGCAAGGACAAGGGGUUCAAGUUCACCGUUCAGAUGCAUCGCUGGUCUGAUCCAGCAGAUGAAUCAAGAGAAGGAUCAGGAAUUGUCAACUGCUAGACUUCGGAUAGAAGAACUUCAGGCUCUCGCUGCCAGUAGGUAUAAAGAGGUGUGUAUGCUGAACACUAGACUGGCGACUGCUGAAAGCAUGACACAUGAUGUCAUUCGUGAUUUACUCAGCGUGAAGUUGGACAUCUCAAAUUAUGCUAAUAUUGUUGACCAACAUCAGCUUCAAAAGAUAACUGAGGAGGCUCAACAUUAUAGACAAGAGUUUGUUGCAAUGGAGCGAGAAAAUGUCAACCUGAGGAGUCAGAUUGAUGAUUUACUUGAAGAAAGAGAAAGAUACAUGGCAGAAAUCAGUAAAAACAAAGCAGAUCAACUUGCCAAUGAGAUUUUUGCGGAACAAUUACAAGAACGAGAUAAGUUGCUGAUUGCACAAAAUCAUAUGCUUAAGAUGGACAAAUCUAAUUUACAGAAGAGGGUAGCGGAACUAGAUGACAUGGUGAAAAAGCUUUUCAGCAUGCAGGAUCACCAACCCCUCAACCAAGAACCCCUGAUGGAUAGCUUGUUGCGGCCAUUUGACUACAAUAUCAGUGAAAGGUUGGCCCAUUCACAAAAGGUGCUUUCGACGAUCAACAGUCAACUUGCGCAGUAUCAUAGACCUGAGGGUGGCUGCCCAGAUGACAGAAUGGACAGACGCCACAGCGAGUGCAAGUUUAGGAAGCAAAGGCCAUGAUCAGAAUUAUCGGCAGUUGCAGAAAUUGCUCUCUUCCAGUAAAGGUUAGGCAUGGAUGGCAAAAGUUUUACAGGUAAUCACAACCUCUGGGUAAUUAAGCUUUGGCGUCUGGUUAAAUAAGCCCAGUUGCAGCGCUGAAAGUUUACAUGGAUACGGAGGUCAAUGUCAUUGUUAAUGUUAAUAUCCCUUUUUUACUUUCCCCAUUUUUCCUAGUAAUACAAAAGCGAUAUGCUAGUGUUGCAUUGCAGUUGCAACACAUCGGUUGGAUACAGAAAGUGAUUGCUCUACUCUUGCAAGUCAGUUUGCACUCUUUAUAUGUA